AUGGUCAUCACCACUGAAAACGCUUUCAAAGUACUACAAGGUCUCGGACGAACUUCUGCAUUCGCCAUUACACCUCAAGUUGCCCGGUGCUUCAGGACGGGUAAAGUGGCAGAAAUGCAAGAAUGGGAGAGAAGCAAAAAAUCAAGAGAUGUUGACGAGGAUGUGAAGGAGCAUAGAUCAGAGAAAGAGAGAGAACAGCUUGAACUGCUGGCAGAAAUUAGUGGUGAAGAUGUCGUUAUGGAAGAAGGAAAUGUAGAAGAGAGGUUGGAUGCCAAAGGGAGACCGCUCAUCGAUAUAACGAAGAUUAAGGUCGGACAUACCGCUGCAUUCGAUAAAAGUUUCAGACUACGCCUACCCGCUCGAAACCCAUAUAGUUGCAAAGCCAAACUGUUCAUACAACACAAUCACGUCUAUGUCAAUUUCUCAAAGCGUGUGAAGAAGCAGAAUGAAUUAAGGGUUCCUGAAGGACUUCUUAGCGAACAUGCCAUUCAACUCUGGUACGAUUGUGUCAAAUCAGCUAUGAACGUCCUCCUCGUUGCAUACCCAGAUGAUAUUGGCCCUUCCAAGUAUCCCCACCCAAGGUGGUCAGCCGAUCUCGCUUCUCAGAUUGUCAUGAAUCGGUUACCGGAACAGGUAGAUCCCAUAGCUUUAGGAAUGUCAACUAUACGACGAAGAGCUCCUAUCGACCCAACUGUUUCCUUUGACACCGUUCAGCUUCCCAACAUAUCCUACUAUUCCGCCGUCAAGACUGUCAAUAUUACUUUACCUCGAAGGACUCAGAUUUAUCCGGGAGCAAAGGAAUUCUCGAUUCAGAGAGGGCUUCAAUCUUUCAGAGAAGACCAUUCGCCUACGAUUACAUCGCCACAGUCAAGUAUUUUAGGUCAGGUGAGGGUCAAUUCGAUAACCGAACAGACAAAAGAUCCAAAAGAACGUAGCGAUGCAGACAGAGCAGUCGGAUGGUUCAAGUGGUUAUGUUACGAAGUGGGUUUGAAGGGGAGGAUGGGGAUGAGUUACGAUCAGUGGAUGAAACUGUUCCUCGACGAGUUGCCAAGAUGUUUAAGGGAUAAUGUUCAAUCCCAACAAAGGCGAAUGGACAACAGGCAUUUCACCGUCCACCCUGAUCAGAAGGAUAAAUCAAAGCUCCAAUUGGUGGCGGUCCGAUCGAAUUUCAUGCGAACCGAUACUUAUAGCGUUCACCAGCUUGGGAUCCAGCUCACCGGAAUGGAUGCUGCCACUGCUGCCAAGUUUUCUUUGUGGAUAAACGAACGGUACAUGAAGAAUCGUGAUGUCGCUCUCACCUUGAUUGAAUUUGCGCACCACGUAGACACGGUCCGAGGAUACAAGGACGUCUGGCAAAGCGCCACAGAUUGUAGUCACAGAUUUCUGGAUGGAAGUCACUUGUGCGUAGAAUGUGAGAAGACGAUGAUUCCAUGUCUGAGUCUCAUUCCAGGAAGAGGGGCGUUAUGCGGUAGCUGUUUGGAAAAAGCCAUCCUCCAAUCGAAUGAUGAGUAUCUUCAGACCUGCAGUGAGAUCUUGAAAACCGCACGACAAGACACCGGAGGUGCAGCAAUGCUACUAAGCGCAAUCUCCAAGCACGAUGGAUACAGGAGAAGAGCUGAAGCUUUGAAGGACAAAGGUUAUCUGCAACUCAGUAAUGUAUUAGCUCUGCAAGCUACAGUAAGAAGCUGGGAAGACUCAGAUAGAGACAUCAAGGAUGCUGUGUUAGGUCUUGGUGGAUUAGGUAAACGGAGUGAAAUGGCUGGACACGACAAUGUUUUGAUGAGACCUUCAGUCGUUCGACGUAACAGAGCUUACGUUGAAAGUGGGAGCACGUACCUGCUUCAUGAGAAGGACGUCUUACCGACCAUCGCUGCUAUCGGCAUUAUGAGCGCAACGAACUCACUUGCUGCGACAAUCUUGGUGUCAAAAGCUACGAAGAUCGCCCAGUCUCGUUGGGAGGACCUCAUUGCAGAUCAACCCAGCGAGGAAGCCCAAAAGCUUCAAGACAGUAUGAGGAAGAUCGAGAUGGAGUUAGAAGCUUUGAAUUCCCUCCAGCUUCAAAUACCCUACAGAAUCUCUGGUAUAGCUCAGACCGAACCUGCAAUCCUCGCAGGUCCACUUCAGUCACUGGAGGAACAGCUGGAAGGUCUUUUAAUCCCCCAAACUCCGCAAUCAGAGUAA